AUGACCACAAUGGAUCUUCGCGUCGGUAACAAGUACCGCAUCGGCCGCAAGAUUGGCUCGGGUUCCUUUGGCGACAUCUACCUGGGCACCAACAUCAUUUCCGGCGAAGAGAUUGCCAUCAAGCUGGAAUCCGUCAAGGCCAAGCAUCCCCAGCUCGAGUAUGAGGCGCGCGUCUACAAGUCGCUCGCCGGCGGCGUCGGCAUCCCCUUCGUCCGCUGGUUCGGAACCGAGUGCGACUACAACGCCAUGGUGCUCGAUCUCCUCGGUCCCAGCCUGGAGGAUCUCUUCAACUUUUGCAACCGUAAAUUCUCGCUCAAGACUGUGCUCCUCCUCGCCGACCAGCUCAUCUCCCGCAUCGAGUACAUACACGCCAAGUCCUUCAUCCACCGCGACAUCAAGCCCGACAACUUUCUCAUGGGCAUCGGCAAGCGCGGCAACCAGGUCAACGUCAUCGACUUUGGCCUCGCCAAGAAGUACCGCGACCCCAAGACACACUUUCACAUUCCCUAUCGUGAGAAUAAGAACCUGACGGGAACCGCCCGCUACGCCUCGAUCAACACGCAUCUCGGCGUGGAGCAGUCCCGCCGCGACGACAUGGAGUCGCUCGGAUACGUCAUGCUCUACUUCUGCCGCGGCUCCCUGCCCUGGCAGGGCCUCAAGGCGGCGACGAAGAAGCAAAAGUACGACCGCAUCAUGGAGAAGAAGAUGACGACGCCGACCGAGGUCCUCUGCCGCGGCUUCCCCAACGAGUUCGCCAUUUACCUCAACUACACGCGGUCCCUCCGCUUCGACGACAAGCCCGACUACAGCUACCUUCGAAAGAUCUUCCGUGACCUCUUCGUCCGCGAGGGUUUCCAGUACGACUACGUCUUUGACUGGACUGUCUACAAGUACCAGAAGAACGCACAAGCCAUCGCUCAAGCCGCUGGACAGGCCGUCGCCGAGGACGACGAGAAGGCGCGCGCCUCGCGCACCAACGCCGCCGCCGCCGCCGCCGCCGCCGGUGGUGCCCCCAAGCCCAACGCCAUGCCGAGCUCCCGCCGCAAGAUGCUCGAGCGCGGAGCCGGAGCCGGUGUCGACACGCCCGACACCAACCGCGCCAUGGGCGGCAGCGAUCGCAUGUGA